UGAUAAAUGGUAUAAAGUCCAAUGAUGUAGGACUCCUUCUUUAUGGCCCGAGCACUGAUCAAGGAGGAAGGUCUGCUGUGCGGUGGUAGCUCUGGCAGUGCCAUGUCUGUGGCUGUAAAGGCUGCCCAAGAGCUGACAGAAGGACAGAGAUGUGUGGUGAUCCUGCCGGACUCUGUGCGGAAUUACAUGUCCAAGUUCCUAAGUGAUAAGUGGAUGACACAGAAACAGUUCCUGAAGAUGGAGGACCUGGAGGAGAGUAAACCCUGGUGGUGGAACGUCAAGGUUUCGUCACUGUCUCUUUCUGCCCCACUGACCGUCCUCCCAACUGUGAGCUGCAGCCAGACGAUCCAGCUCCUCCGAGAGAAAAGCUUUGACCAGGUUCCCAUUGUGUCCGAAUCUGGGCUGGUGCUCGGCAUGGUGACACUAGGGAACAUGCUGUCUUCUGUGCUGGCCGGGAAGGUGAAACCCUCAGAUCCUGUCUCCAAAGUCAUUUACAAGCAGUUUACACAGGUGCAUCUCAUGGACAACCUGGGGAAACUUUCCCGCAUCCUGGAGACGGAUCACUUCGCUCUGGUGGUCCAUGAGCAAAUUCAGUCAGAUCACGAAGACGGCUCCUCUAGUAAGAAGCAGAUGGUUUUCGGUGUGGUGACUGCCAUCGAUCUCCUAAAUUUUGUGACCCGGGAGCGGGAACGACGCUGCAGUGAAUCCAGUGACCGGGACCCAAGUGAAAGGAGCAGACAUUUCAGCGCUUCUUAGAUGGGAGGGUUGCCGCUGUUUGGUGGGGGUCUGAAGGUCCCUUAAUUUCAUGUCUGAUCGCUUUGUAUUUUGUAGAAGAGGUGACAAUAAACCAAUAAAUAUUA